CUGCUCGUCCUGCUGCAGGCCGGAGCCUUGACCGGUGUCAUUUGGGAGGAGUGGUGGACCUACGACGGGAUAUCGGGCCCGGCGUUCUGGGGACUCAUCAACCCGGAGUGGAGUCUCUGCAACAAGGGGCAUCGCCAGUCGCCGGUGGACCUGGAGCCGGACAAGCUGCUGUUCGACCCCAGCCUGCGCAACGUGCGCGUCAACGCGCACCGGGUGAACGGCCUGCUGACCAACACCGGCCACGGCGCCGUGCUGGCCCUGGACAACUCGACGCGGCGCGCGCUCAACGUGACCGGCGGCCCCUUGGCCUACAAGUACCAGCUGCACGAGGUGCACGUCCGCUACGGCCUCGUGGACGCCGUCGGCUCCGAGCACCUCGUCGACGGCAGGGCCUUCCCCGCCGAGAUCCAGAUCUUCGGCUUCAACUCGGACCUGUACGUCAACUUCUCGGAUGCGACCCACAAAGCCCAGGGACUGGUCGCCCUAUCCGUACUCCUUCAGGUUGGCGACUUGUCUAACCCCGAGCUGCGGAUACUGACGGACCAGCUGGACCGCGUGCAAUUUCGAGGAGACUCGGUGCCGGUGACGCGCAUCUCUAUCCACGGGCUGCUGCCCAACACGUCCUCCUACAUGACCUACGACGGCUCGGCCACCAUGCCCGGCUGCCACGAGACCGUCACGUGGAUCGUGUUCAACAAGCCCAUCUACAUCACCAAGCAGCAGCUGCUGUCGCUGCGCCGCCUCAUGCAGGGCACCUACAAGACGCCCAAGGCCCCGCUGGGGAACAACUUCCGGGCGCCGCAGUCGCUGCACAACCGGCCCCUCCGGACCAACAUCGACUUCCGGAAAGACGCCGAGACCGGGAAGCAGUGCGUAUCGAUGAGGAAGGUCGCCUUCUACAAAGCCAACGAGUGGUGACCCUGAGACGUGCCGUUUUCGAGUUGCAACAGGAUGGCAUUUGGCUCUGCCAGGCGCGAGGCACGCCGGCGGCUGCGAAUUCUUGUCCUGUCGGCCGAUGAGUGCAUUGGACACAUUAUCAGGAAACUGUUGGUUUUGAUUGACUGUAGUAUUAAUGUUAAGGUCCGUACUCUUCAAAAGAGAAACUUUCGUUAAUAAAUCGUAUUUUUUUAAUUAAAAAAUAGAUACAAACGUAACUUAACUAUCACAUCAUAAAGGAUAUUACAA